UACUUGGUCAUUUUUGUAAGUUUUCCAGUGUUUUCGAUAGUGCGGUAGGAAUAUGCGAUUGGCAGUCAUAAAUUCUGAUGUAACAUUAACGUAUUCAUAAUUUUUGGAAAACCUGGAAAACAUGUUCAGUUGUGUAUGAAAAUAGACCGAUAAUUUUAUAAGUAAAUCCGUUCAACCGUAUCAAGAGCUAGAAAUGAAUCAACUUACGUGUGUUCUUAACCGGCUUUCUGUAAAAAGUGUCGUCCAAAAUGCUAUGUUUUUCUCGAGCACAGCCAAACGGAUUGUUCCAAACAGAACCGGAUUUCUUUUGAAAAACAACGCGACGGUUCAAGGUUCUAUUCGAGCAUCUUUUGUGUUCGAUUCUCGGAUAUGGCAUCAACGACAGAAUAUAAUGCAAGUUAUAAGUUCACGAACCUUCUGUACUAAACGGGAUCAGGAUGAGGAUGAAAUAGAUGUUGAACCAGAACCAGUGUCUUUCUCCAAUCAACUACCUGCUACUGUAGCUAUUCCAGAGGUUUGGCCCCAUUUACCGGUGAUUGCGGCCAAACGUAAUCCUGUAUUUCCAAGGUUCAUGAAAAUUUUAGAGGUUACCAACCCGAUACUCAUAGACCUUAUAAGGCGAAAGGUUAAGUUGAACCAACCAUACGCCGGUAUAUUCCUCAAAAGGGAUGACGACAAUCCUAGUGAAGUUGUUGACAAUCUGACUGAAAUAUACAAUGUGGGAACGUUUGCGCAAAUACAGGAAAUGCAAGAUCUUGGCGAUAAGCUCCGGCUGGUUGUGACCGCCCAUCGACGAAUAAAGAUUGUGGGUCAAUUGUUCGAAGAUUUGGACGCACCACCGGAAGGCAAGCAAAUGACAAUAAAAUAUCCAUUGUUUAAAACGCAAAUCAAUAUCUCAGUGGACGAAAGUGAUGCGGAAAAACGACGCCGGAAGCACAAAAAUCGUAAUAAGAAAAUUAUCCGGAAUGCUAACAACGACAGCACUUUGGACGGGGAACCGAUUGAAGAACCACCUAAGCGACGGUUAUUGAAAGACGGCGAACAUCAGCCUGUUCUGAUGGUGGAAGUGGAAAACAUUAAACAUGAAGCAUUUAAACACACCGAGGAAGUGAAGGCCCUUACACAGGAAGUAAUUAAAACCAUACGGGAUAUUAUAACGAUGAAUCCACUGUAUAGGGAAAGCUUACAGCAAAUGUUGCAUCAGAACCAACGUGUGGUAGACAACCCAGUAUAUCUUUGCGAUCUUGGGGCAUCUUUGUCGGCUGCAGAUCCACCAGAAUUGCAAGAAAUUCUCGAGGAAAUGGACAUUCCAAAGCGGCUUAUGUUAGCCCUGUCGCUACUGAAGAAAGAAUUAGAACUGUCGAAAUUGCAAGCAAAAAUUGGCCGGGAAGUAGAAGAGAAAGUGAAACAACAACACCGGAAGUACAUUCUGCAGGAGCAGCUAAAGGUUAUAAAAAAAGAACUUGGCAUCGAGAAAGAUGACAAAGAUGCUAUCGGCGAAAAGUAUCGCGAGCGAAUUAAAGACAAGGUAGUUCCGAAAGCGGUGGCCGACGUUAUCGAAGAAGAGCUUAACAAACUAAACUUUCUAGAAAGUCAUAGCUCGGAAUUCAAUGUUACGCGAAAUUAUCUUGACUGGCUAACUACCCUGCCAUGGGGAGUAAUGAGUGAAGAAAAUUUAGAUAUUGAUCGAGCCACUGAAGUCUUAAACGCUGAUCACUAUGGCAUGGAAGACAUCAAAAAGCGAAUACUUGAAUUCAUCGCCGUGAGCCAAUUGAAGGGAACAACCCAGGGAAAAAUUCUCUGUUUCCACGGUCCUCCCGGUGUAGGCAAAACGAGUAUUGCGCGGUCGAUUGCCCAAGCUUUGAAUCGAGAGUACUUCCGUUUCAGCGUUGGAGGCAUGACCGAUGUUGCUGAAAUCAAAGGACAUAGACGGACCUACGUCGGUGCGAUGCCGGGAAAAUUAAUACAGUGUUUGAAGAAAACAAAAACCGAAAAUCCACUGGUCUUGAUUGAUGAGGUGGACAAGAUUGGAAAAGGUUUUCAGGGCGACCCUAGCUCAGCGCUCUUAGAACUGUUAGAUCCCGAGCAGAAUGUAAAUUUUCUAGAUCACUACCUCGAUGUAGCAGUUGACCUAUCUAAGGUUCUGUUCAUUUGCACCGCCAACGUUGUAGAUACGAUCCCAGAGCCAUUGCGGGAUCGAAUGGAGAUGAUCGAAAUGUCAGGUUACGUCGCUGAAGAAAAAGUGGCUAUUGCGAAGCAGUAUCUCAUUCCGCAAGCAAAAAAAGAUUGUGGUCUGGAAGACAAGCACAUCAACAUUAACGAUGACGCGUUGAAUCUACUUAUUCGAAGUUACUGUCGAGAAUCGGGAGUGCGCAAUUUACAGAAACAAAUAGAAAAAAUCGUUCGAAAAGUGACGUUCAAGGUAGUCCGCAAGGAAAUUGAAUCUACCGAAAUUACGGAAGGAAACCUAAGCGAAUUUUUGGGUAAGCCCAUAUUUACGCACGAUCGAAUGUACGACCAGACCCCUGCGGGAGUUGUUAUGGGACUCGCGUGGACGGCCAUGGGAGGUUCCGCGCUAUAUAUCGAAACUGCCAAACGAAAAUUGCUCGAGUCGUUAAAGAAGGAUAGCGCAGGAGAUGGAUCUCUCGAAUUAACAGGUCAUUUGGGCGACGUCAUGAAGGAAUCAGCUAGAAUUGCACUUACAGUGGCACGGAACUUCAUCAAACAGUCUGACAAAAAUAACGACUUUUUAGAAUCUACUCACAUCCAUUUGCACGUGCCAGAAGGAGCUACACCUAAAGACGGGCCCAGUGCCGGAGUCACUAUUGUUACCGCUCUUUUGUCACUAGCCAAAGGAUUACCCAUUCGUCAAAACGUGGCCAUGACAGGUGAAAUCUCGCUCAUGGGUAAAGUUCUUCCUGUUGGUGGUAUCAAAGAAAAGACAAUAGCCGCCAAGAGAAGUGGCGUAAAUUGUCUUAUUCUGCCGGAAGAAAACAAAAAAGACUACACGGAUCUACCCAAGUUCAUCACCGACGGUCUAGAAGUACACUUUGUAGAUCAGUACUCUGAUGUGUAUAAAAUAGUGUUUCCGCAGUCGUCGUGAGCUGUGUACUAGAGAAGCAGGGGCUUUCCGACAUCAAUGAAGUUAGUUAAAUGAUUUAGACUAUAAGUUUGUAAUUACUAUUAGAUUUAUUGAUAAGAAAGACCCUCAAAUAUAAGUAUUUUUGUUA